CGCCCCGGGGCUGCCCCCGCCGCGCUCGGGCUCCGCGGGCGGAUGGACCGGCGGCGGCUGCGGGGAUUUUUAGAUGUGCCCUGAUGCCGCAGGGUCUCCUGGCUCUUGGAAAUGCAGCUCUCUUCCAGCGUGGCUGAACUCAGCUGUGACGAGACCAUGGACCCCCCUGCUGAGGACUUCCAGCAGGUCCUGUCCAUCGACCAAAUACGCUCCAUCCGUGCCAGCAACAACUACGUGGAGAGACCGGCGGUGUGCUUCCAGCAAGCCCACUCCAACCCCUCCCUGUUGCAGCCUCCGCACAAGCAGGAGUGGUCCCGGGACCGCCUGGCCUCUUCCACCUUCCAGGACCUGCACCGCAGCCACAGCCAGCAGCACCAGAUGCCACCUCUGCAGCCGCACCUGAGCCACUCGAGCACGGCCAGCUCGGUGUCGCAGAGCACCACGUCCUCCGAGCAGCGUCUGCUGAGCAGCCUGACGCCGUCGCACUCCGGGCACUCGCUGGUGCGGACGCAGCCCCGCGGGGGUGAGCUGAAGGCGGAGGAGUCCCCGCGGAAGGGCGCGGAGCAGCUGCCGGCGCAUGGGCACCUGCUGCUGUGCGAGGCGUGCGGGCGCUGCCGCUGCCCCCGCUGCACGGCCGCCCGCAGCCUGCCCUCCUGCUGGCUCUGCAACCAGCGCUGCCUCUGCUCCGCCGAGAGCCUCCUCGACUACGGGACCUGCCUCUGCUGCGUCAAGGGGCUCUUCUACCACUGCUCCACCGACGACGAGGACACCUGCGCCGACGACCCCUGCUCCUGCGGGCCGGGCUCCUGCUGCGCCCGCUGGGCUGCCAUGAGCGUCCUGUCCCUCCUCUUGCCCUGCCUCUGCUGCUACUUUCCCACCCUGGGGUGCCUCAAACUUUGCCAGCGGGGUUAUGACGGCCUGAAACGCCCCGGCUGCCGCUGCCAGAGCCACACCAACACGGUCUGCAGAAAGAUCUCCUCGGCCAGCGGCACGCCCUUCCCCAAAACGCUGGACAAGCCGGUAUGACCCUCCCGAGGAGGAGAAGCGGGCUUUGUUCCUCUUCCUCCCCCUCCUCCUCCUCUUCUCUCCUCCAUCCCCCUCCUCCCUCGGCUCCCUCUGCUUUGCAGUGUCCUCCCCUCCCCACCAUCACCUUCCAGGAUUGAGAUGGGUGACCUGAGGGGUCCCCAGGCUUUGGGAUGCCCUGGCUGGGUGGCCAGGGAAGCUGGCACUGAGCUGGGGGAUACCAGUGUUUUUGCACAUGCAGGAGAAGGGCAGGAGAGGUACAGCAAGCUGAGGGUGCCCUCCCUGGCAGUGUCCAAUGGGGAAAGGUGACCCAGAGGGUCCUUGGGGCUCUGCCCCCAUGGCAAGGGUAUCUGAGGCCCCUCGGGGCUCUGCUCUCCAUAGUUUUAGGAGCUGCCCCACAGUGUGGUCCUUAUCUGUGGGGGAGGAGACAGGUCAGUGUGUCCCUGUGCCAGAGCCCCUCAGGAGCCAGACCCCUCCUCUCACUCUUUCUCCCUCUCCUGCACUUUCCAUGGGUGGCCUUUCUCCCCUCAGGUGGCCACUGGUCCCUUUCCCCAAGGGGCUGGGGUGCCAAGGGGUCUCACCAGUGGCAGUGGCUUCCUUCCAGGCUUGGAAGCCGCUUGGAGAAGCGAACAAGCUCCAAAAUGAGGUGGCACCGUGUUUUUCUAUCUCAAAGAGGAAGAGAAGGUGUGGGAAGCUUUAGAAACCUUCUGGCAGGGGAAGGAGCUAUCGGAGGCAGCCCAGCCCACUCUCUCCUGCCCAACUGCAGCAAGGGAAAGGUUCCUCUGGGAUUUGGCUGAGAACAAGAAGCUGCUUGGAAAUUGCCAUUCAUUUCUCCAGGCCUUGGAGGGCUGCCUGAGGUGGGAGCUGCCGCCUGGCUCCAUCUCACCACCCAGCAGAUGCCACAGGCACCAGCUCCGUGCUCAAACCCCGAUCUGGUACCUUCCACCAGCACUGAACUCACUUUAAAAAAAUAUGGCAAAGCCAACUGUGAAUAGCCACCACUCCUGGGACUCCCCAGCGGGGGCUUCUGUCACUUUGCCUUGGGCUGGAAGACAUGGAGAUCAGGAGGGAGUGUCGAAGCUGGGGACCCCGACCUUCCCUCCCUGCCAAGUUUCCUUGAGUCCUUGCCGAGGGAGUUCUGCCACUCACUGGCAGCCGGGAAUGGGGCUGAAGCCAGCCCUGGAGCCAGCCCUGGGGCCGGGCCAUCUGCAGAGCAGACAGACGCUGCAAUCCGGGUCAGGGCCCUGCGUUUCUUGCUGGGAGGAUAAUAACCCCAGCUGGUUGCUGUGGCUGGGGGACUCCUGGUGGUCCUGGGCUCAGCCCCAUGUCCAUGUAGUGCUAGUGGGUUGUGACCCCUCUGGCAUCAUUUGAUGAUGGUGGUGAUGAUGAUGAUGAUGAUGGUGAUGAUGAUGAUGAUGAUGAUGAGUUUGGAGCCGGGAUGGCAUCCUGGAGCUCGGCUCUGCCUGCCCAUGCCCCUUUCCCAGGUGUGUGAGCACGAGAGGAGAGAAUGGUGCUCCUGGAGGAAUAUAUGUAACACAUCCCUUGGCUUCUCCAAGACCCAGCUCCCACAGCCCAUCCGUCGCCUCCUCCCAGCUGCCUCUUUCUGUAGAGUUCUGUGGAUCUAUUUUUGUAGAUAUAAAUAUAACGUUAAGAUGGGUAGGUCUAUUACUAAUAAUAUUCACAAUACUGCUGUGAACGGUGCCAGGUACAAGGUUUGGCUUCCUGGUACACUUGCACAGGCUGGAAAAGAUGAUUUCCCAGUCAGUUUAUUGCUAAUCCCAGACCCUUUGUUCCCAGGUUGUUGGGAGUGGGGGAAAUGAAGGUGUACGGAUUGUCUGGGGGUCUGCUCUGCAGGGAGGGUGGGAUUCAGUGCUGGCUGAGAGGUGAGGCAGAAGUGGAAUCUCAUUGUGGGACUCCUCUUUCCAUCCAUUCACUUUCUAAAAAUUGUGGUGGAUCCAAGCUCCCUCUGUUGUGGGGAAAAGUGGUUCCAGGGAGUGAUUCAUCCUGCUUGGAAGCAUUAUUCAUUAAAUCCUGUGCUGUCUGUGCCCUGCUCCCCUGACUCAAAUGGCACCCAAACAUUGAACUCCAGGCUCUAUGGGCAAGGGGGGAUGAAUCGCAUCCCCCUGGGAUGGGAUUGUUUGUCCUGGAGAAUGUUAUGGACAUGAGUGAAAUCCUCUCUCUGACUUCACCCAGAGUCCAAGAGGGGAUGUGGAAGGAUCUCUGGGUAUCUCAGGAUGAGGGUCUGGGAUGCAGAGGGAUCUCCCGGCACUAGGAAAGGGCAGAGCCCCAUCUGUGCAUGGUCCAUCCCUGAGGCCAUCCUGGACUCUGGAAUCAUUUGGAUUUUAAGGCCAUGACCUUCUCAGAGGAUGCCCUGUAGGUGUGUGAACCCCUCUAAGAUCAUUCCUGUGGCAGCAAAUAUAAAAUGCAUUGCAAAGACAUUUAUCCUUACCUUAUGCCAAUGAUUGCUUGGCUCCCUACUUCCAAGUGAUGUUGUGGGGAGACACUUCCUCCCAAAGUCUCCUUCCUUUGGAAGGCUCAGUUCACUCUUCUAUUGGUGCUGAUUAAACUCCUUCUUCAUAAAAACCGGAGAGCAUUUUUAGGGAGAAAAGGUCCCUUUUUCCCUGUGGGUUGGAGGAACUGUCUCCCUUGAAUGAGAAUGAGAAACAGUUCAUUGAAACUUUUUAAAGAAAACUAAUGAACAGAAUUUUCCAACUUGCUCUACUUUGAUUUUUUUUUUUCCUCCUCCAUUUUAAACGGAUCCCACUUGUAAAUUUAGUUACCACCUCUGUAUCUUUGCAAUUCAUUGCUUCCUCUCCUGAUGGUGGAAUGACUCAACAUGUGAAGCUUCAUCAUUUUCACGGCCUCCCAAGUCAUGCGAGCGCGGGGUGACCUCCCCCAGGUGCUGGAGCUGGGGGAUGAGGAGAAGGCUGCCCAUGGCUCAGCUCCCCAGAGCCAGCUCUGCUUGGCACGGCAGCAGCAGCACAGUUACCUUCAGGAACUGGGGGGAGGCCAGGACUGCCAGGAGCCUCCACCUCAUGGGCUUUUCUGGGUCAGUGCAGGAGCUCCCUUCCUACCAGGGAAUGGUGUCACAGCCUGGUGAGGGCUGAGGAGCACGGCCAGGGCUCUGGAAUGUCUCCUCUCCACGAAAUGACAAAUCUGGGGGAUACGUUUCAUGAAAUACUGGACAUGUAGAAGGGGAGGGAUUUCAAAGCUGUGGACAUGGUUUAGUGGUGGCUCAGCAGUGCUGGGUUAAUGUUUGGACUCAGUGGUCUUAGAGGGUUUUUCCAGAAGGAAUGAUUCCAUGAUUCUAGGAAAUGGAGAGGACAAGAGCCCCAGCUGGCACCGAGGCCAUGGGACCAGAGCAGGGCUUUGUUUUCACCGAGGGCAGACAUGAAAGCCACGUCCAGGACCUGUGGGGGCUCGAGGAGUUCAGCCUGUUUGUCUCUGCCCUGCUCAUGGGGGCAGAUGGCUUCACCUGGAAUUCCUGCUGCCCACUCCAGCUGGGGGUCCUCAGCACAUUCGCCCUCCUUGCUCUCAACAGGCAGGAGAGGUUGGGAAGCACCAAAAGCUCUCCAAGGAGAAGCACCCAAAGCUCAGGUUCACCGAGCUCAUCCGUGGUGGGGAAGGCUGUAGGCAGCCUCAGAUUCUUUUCCUGAGCUUUUCCCAACCUCUUCUGACUAGAUCCAUCCUGCCCCAUCCCCAGAUCGGCUGCCAGGCUGUUUGGUUUGCCUGCAGAGAGGGCCCCAGUUCUGGCUGGGGUUGGGAGCCCCUUUCCUGCCCCACCCUCUGUGAGUCAGAUCCCAUCUGCUCGGGGUGUUUGUCUGCAGCUGCCUGUCCUGGCAGUUGGGCUUUCUCUCUGUCCUGAUGUGUCUUUUUUGGUUUUCUUCUGGGAGCGUCACAUGUGGAGCCCUCUGCUCUCCCACGGGGAUGGAUCUGCAUUGUGAGGGAGCAUUCCUGGGCUGUCGUCUUCCCUUUGCCACGGAACAUGCAGGGCUGGGGGCAGACUGGAGCAAAGAAAGAGAUUCAGGUGCCAAAGGAGCAGGAAGCAGGAGCUGCUGAGCAGGACCUGAGCUCCCCCUGCUCUGCUCCCCAUCCAGAGCCUCCUUUUCCUACCCAGGAACCCGAAGUUCCAUCCAUGCAAGAACCUCUGAUGUUUUUUGCUUCUUCCAGGGCUUCCCUUGGUCCCACUCCCCUUUUUCCCCAUUGGCAAAUCAGUCUCAGCACUGAUGGGGAGGGGCUGUGGGGACCAGGCUGGAGUGUCCCUCCCAUCCCACCCCCACCACUCCUGGUGGAAGGGCCAAAGAGGUCCUUGGGCUGCUGUCCACUCAUCCUUGAGAAACAUCAGUGCCUCAAAGAGCAGGGGGAAGCUCUUUGUGACUCACAGAUUCCCAUAAAAUCCCACUGAGUUCACUCCUGCCCAUCCCCAGGGGUGAGCAAUGAUGGAGGGAGGACAAACCAUUGACCAAAAGAUGCCAAAGCCUGGAAUCAGAGAUUAGGAAUGGCUCUGCAGUGUGGUAGAGAGGGAUAAGCUGGGUUUGAGGGGAGCUGCUGUGGGAAUGGCACAGGGAAGGAGCCCACUGUGCCCUAAACUCCUGUUUCCAGCACUCCUGUUCCUGGGCUGUUCAGAGGCUGGAGAAAGCUGGGAGUGCUCAGACACUGGGAGGUCAAAUGCUUUUGAUAGGGAUGUGAUAAGGGCUGACCCCCACCCCAAAACUCACUCUUGGUCUUUAACAGGAUCCAGUUCAGGCUUGGCUCCUCCAAGGAACCCGUGGAGCCCACGAGAUGCUCACUGAUCCAGGUGGCCCAAACCACCCUGAGCUGGGACAUCUUGGGCUCAGUUGGCUUUGGGUAUUUCCCUGUGUGCACCGGAAUCUCUUGCCAACCCUCCCGGAGUCACACUGGGAGUGGAGCUGGGAUCUGUUCUCCUGCUUGGGGUGAUGUUGCAGAAGUAUCUCCUGAGGGCAUGAUCCUGGGGUUCCUCGGAGGAGCACUGCAGGCAUGGGGGUUUUGGAUGGAUGGGAAGGGGUCACAGCCCUCCAGGGCAGUGGGAAUGUGUGAGGGUGUGAGGGUCCCUGUCCUGCUGUGCCCAAAGGGCUUCAUCAUGAAAAGGACCAAUCCCACCCCAGAGCUGGGCCUGGGAGAGGAGGUCCCACAUCUCUGUGCCAAGGUCACCACAAGUCCCAAGCCUGGCCCAUCCUCACCUUGCCCUUUUCCCCCUUUCCAUUGGGAUGCUCUCCUGGCAGCAGCUCCUCAUCCUCCUCCUCCCCUGGUGUCCUCAGCACAAAGCUCUCCUUGGAAAAUCCCCCUGGGCUCCACAUGACAGGCCCAGGAUCCCAAGGCUCCCAUCCCAAGUUUCUGGGUACAAAGCCCUUCUGUACAGCCUGUAAAGAUCCCUCCCCAGCUCCCUCCAUUCCAGUUCCUUUCUUUAAGGUAUAAUAUAUGUUUAUAACCUGAUGGCUGUUUUUUUGACAAUACUCUUGUACCUUUAAAGUGGAAAAAAUUUAAAACCAAAGUAUUUAUUUGAAAAAAUUAUUUUAAAGAUAAUAAGAAAAAAAACUAUUUAUUUUACUGCACCCUUUUCUGUUUGGUUUUCUUCUCUUGCAAAGCUGAUAACUGUUUCAGAACCACUGCUGAGGCGAAAGAAGUGAUUCUAUGGGUGGCUUCACAAGCCCACUUAGAGCAACUAUUCAAUAAAAAUAUAUAUUAAUUUUGAA